AUGGCAGGGUCCGGCGUGAGGUUCACGCCUCCACCGUCGCCUCCGUCGCCAACUGCGUCCUUCUACGACGUCAGCGACGCUGAAGAGAACGACUACAACACCAUCUCACAUGCCGCCUCUCGAAGCGGUGUGAAACUCUUGUUCUCCAAGAGCAAAGUCUACGUUCACCCCACCCCUUCCUCCAGAGAUAACAUCCCUGGUUUCAUUGCUCUCAUCCAGCAAAAGCCGGCCGUAUCGAACACCACCGCCUCUACUGCCUCAUCGAAAAAUGGCGCCAACUCUUCCUAUCUUCUCGCCUGGGUCCCUGAAUCCUCUCUCGGCGACGCCUACGAAACCUACGUCAAGGUGGACCUUGCCGACGAUACCUCUGCUCCGAAGCAGAAGUAUCUCGUACCCCCGCUACCCGCGACAACUUCAUACCGCGACCCCAUCGGUCUCUACGCAUUUGCUGUGCCCCUGUCCGAGAUAUACUCCUUGCUUGUGCGGCCACCUAGCCUGGGAUGGUGGUUUGGAAGUCUGGUGAUCAACACCCGAGCCGGCGAUAGCUUCCCCGCCCUAUUUUUUCAUGACUCGGAGUGCGAGUCGACGAUACUACAGAAGAAGAGAAGAACACAGGAGACAUUUGAUCCCUUUGGAGAGGAUGGCAAUGUGUUCUGGGGUGGCGAUGAGGUCUUGAGGUGGCUACGGAACUAUGCCGAGGUCCAACGCUCCGCCGUCGAUCACAGUAUCUAUCUCAUUAACCCGUCCGAUGAAGAUCAGAUGUCCUUCGGUCGCCCAUUGUCCGCCGAUGGGCGAGAAAUGCAGCGUGCGGAGAGCUCGACCCAACAGGGAAGCAGACAACGGGAUGCGGGCAUGGACCCAGUCACCAAGGCACUGAAGGAAACCGGAUGGAAAGUCCUUGAAGGAUUCAGCAAAAUCACGACGUUUACGAGACGGACGGCGAACGAGAUUGCCGACAGUCCACGUCUGCCCCCUCAGAUGCGCCGGUUGAUGAGGUCGCCCGAAAUUCAAACUUUGCAGGACGAAUUCGAUAGUGCUCGGCUAUACUUGGCCCGAUGGGCAAUGAGCAUCUCGGAGCAGAGCGAGAAAGAAAAGAAUCAGCGGAUAUGGACGGCUCGAGAUGUGCUCGAGAUGGAAAAUAGCUCGGUCGGAGACUUUGAAAUCUUGGAGUUGGAGACCGGGACUAUGUCCAUCCAGGAGCGACGCAAGGUAUUGGAGCUUAAAGAGUGGGAAGGCUUCUUUGAUCCUAGCACAGGCAGGCUGCAGAUCACCGUCGAGGAAGUGAAAGAGAGGAUUUUCCAUGGCGGUCUGGAUCCAAACGACGGCGUCAGAAAAGAAGCGUGGCUGUUCCUGCUGGGAGUCUACCCAUGGGACAGCUCUCGUGAGGAUCGCCAGGCGCUGAUGAACUCGAAACGGGAUGAAUACAUCCGGUUAAAAGGCGCUUGGUGGGAGAAGAUGAUCGAAGGGUCUUCUAAGCCGGAGGAAUACGAGUGGUGGAAAGAACAGAGAAACCGCAUAGAGAAAGAUGUUCAUCGUACGGAUCGCACGAUCCCUCUAUUCGCAGGAGAGGAUAUUCCCCAUCCUGAUCCGGACUCGCCGUUUGCCGAUACUGGCACCAACGUGCAUCUCGAGCAAAUGAAGGACAUGCUCUUGACAUACAAUGAGUACAACCCCGAUUUAGGUUAUGUGCAAGGGAUGAGCGACCUGCUAGCCCCGAUCUACGCUGUCAUGCAAGACGAUGCAGUUGCAUUCUGGGCUUUUGUUGGAUUCAUGGAUCGAAUGGAGCGAAAUUUCCUGCGCGACCAGUCGGGCAUGCGCGUGCAACUUCUCACCCUCGAUAAUCUCUUACAACUGCUGGAUCCUCAGCUCUACCUCCACUUGCAGUCUGCCGAUAGUACCAACUUUUUCUUCUUCUUCCGGAUGCUCUUAGUUUGGUACAAGCGUGAAUUCGAGUGGGCCGACGUUCUUCGUCUCUGGGAAGCUCUCUGGACCGACUACCUAACUAGCAAUUUCCAUCUCUUCAUUGCCCUUGCAAUCCUAGAGAAGCACCGGGACGUGAUUAUGGACCACCUCAAGCACUUUGAUGAGGUUCUCAAAUACAUCAACGAACUGUCCAACACCAUGGACCUUCUUCCAAUCCUCACCCGUGCUGAAUCUCUCUUCCAUCGCUUCGACCGCGCCGUCCAAGCCAUAGACAAGAAGAACAAUUUCCCCGCUCCCGCCGCGCAUCAAAGACGUCCUAUUCAGGAUUCCACAGACCCCAAUAAGGGCAAAGUCCCUCAGAACUCUACAAACGCUGGGUUCAGCAGCGGCGUAAAUGCCGGUCGCAACUCCCUGCCGCCCCCAUCAUCCCAGGGAUCUUCCAGCACGGAGCAGCCUAAAAUCAUUUCCCCGGAAUUGAGAGACCUAUUCAACAAGACCAUCUACUGGAAAGAGCACGCGGAGCCAGAGCAGCGUCAGGCGGAACGAGAUGCAAACCCGUCGUAA